UCCCCAGCUUGUCUCUGGUCCAAGGUGUUGUCCCGCCUGCACAGGGGGUGGCCAGAGGCUGAGCGGCCCAACUCUGGGUCUGUGCUUUCAUUUUGCUCUCUUAAAGCCCUUCAUCGUCUCUUGCCAUCAAGCUGCCUCCCAGAAGAGAGCCCGACGCCUUGAAACCGCUCCUAAGCCCGUUGCCGCUCACGCCAGCCGCUUCCCAGAGGUUUAAUCCCGACCUCCGGGCUGGCGGCAGGACCCCAGCUGCCCUUUGGCACCUCACCGGCCUGUUUGUCCCCACCUCAAUGGGGACAACGUCUCCCCAGGCCGCUUUUCCCCUCCCCAGCCUGGGGAAGAGGAGCUGGGAUCGCUCACUGGGACAGCACGGAGGGCGCAUGGAGGGGGGGGGCUCUCCCGCUGAGGCGCGGCGGGUGCCGCGGCCCCCCGAGCAGCACGGCCAGAGCGGCGGCCGAACCCCAGCCCCGCCGGAGCCCCCCGAGGCCGCCCGCGGCCCCCACGCCAUCCUGGAGAGCAAGGUGAAGGCGCUGAAGGAGAAAAGGGGGGGCGGCCGGCCGGGGACCCCCAUGGCCACCCCCGAACGCCCCUCGGCCAGGAAGCACCGGCCCAGGCGGGGAAAGGCGGGGGUGGAGGUGGCGGCGGAGCCGCGGGCUCAGCUCCGCACCUACCUGACGGACGGGCUGCUGGAUGGCGGGGAGCCCACGGCCGGUGGCCCCCCAGCCCCCCGCGCCGGCACCCCGGGGCUCUGGAGGGUGCCGGCACCCAGGGGGGACGCGCUGGGAAGCACCGAGCUCCCUUGGGAUGAGAGCAGUGGGUGCCGGGGCUCUGCCUCCCCCCGUGAGAGACCCCCCCUGGAAGAAGAGGCGCGAACCCCGCCACGGGACCCGGGGGGUCCCUCUGUGUCCCCCACCGUGGCGGAGGGCUGGGACAGGCUCUCGCUGGCCGAGCGGGUGGAGAGGAACCGGCGGCUGCUGCAGGAGGUGCUGGGCCUCGCCGUGCCCGAGGUACCAGCAAGCGACGGGGACUGGGACUCGGGGGUCUCGCUGCAGGACGCCGAGGGUUGCAGGGCCUUUGUCCCCGGGCAGGAGCUCGAGCUGAGCCCGCGGCACGAGCAGGCCAAGCAGCUGCUGCAGCGCGCCCGCAUGAAGGCUCGCACGAACCCCCUGCGCGCCAGCCACGACAUCCUCCUCCUCCUCCCCGCCGACACCACCGGCCCGCACCCCAGGGAGCCCAGCGGGAGGCCGAGCGUCGCCCCGCGGGACGGCGGGAGCCUGAGCGACUCGUCGAGCGGGGAAUCGAGCUGCGGGCGGCCGCGGCGGCCCCGGGGACCUUCCCCGUCCCGCGUCCGCUUCGAGGACGAGUCGGCCCGCGACGCCGAGGCGCGGUACCUGGAGCGGCUGCAGCUGCGGCACCGGCGGGCCCUGGCCUCCGCUCCAUCCCCGCUGGAGCCAGCCGGCGGCGGGCAACCGGGAGCUGGGGUUGGCCAGCACAAAGCCCGGAGCGGCGACCUCGGGUCCGGGGGCAAGUGCAGCGCCUGCGGCUCCUUCCUCGGUGCUGCCGCCGGCCGGGGGCCGGAUGCGCCGGCGGCUGCCGACGUGGCUAAAAGUGGCUCGGAGGCACAAGGAAGCCACCCAGGGGAUAGCGGGGGGCUGAGAGCUGCCCGGCCGGAGCCCAAAACCAGGGCGUUGGGCCCCCGGGGGUCCCCGCUGUGGAUCCUCCCCUCCCGGCAGCGCAUCCACACCGAGAAGAUCAAGGAGACGUACAUCGGGGGCGUCACCUACAUCGACGAGGGGGACUCGGCCCUGGAGAGCACCGACACCUCCGACGGCUGCCGCACGGACAGCGAGGAGGCGGGACCCCGCAGCCCCCACCCGCGGGGCUACCGGGACCCCCGGGCUCGGGGUCACAGGGCCCCCCGUGCCACCCCGCAGCCGGAGCUGAGGGCUGGGAAGGAGACGUGUGCGGCCGGCGGUGACCCCCGUGCAGGGGACGGGGACUCGGGUGGCACCGCAAGCGGGACGGGGGCUGUUUGCCCCCCGCCGUCGGGGAGAGCUGGCAACCGGGAGGAGGGGGACCCUCGCCGGCGUGCGGGGGGCAGCGAGGGGGUGGGAAACGCCGCUCGGCCCCCGCUGCAGCCCACUGAGCCCCCGGACCCCUCCUCGCAGCCGGGGGUUGGCACCCCGAUGCCAGGCACCCACCUCCCCACUCCCCCCCCCCCAAAAAAGGCCUGCUCCCAGGCGCCUUGCAGGAAAACCCUCUUCUCCGGUGGCAGCCGCCGGGCAUCGAGCCAAGGAGCCCGGGGUCCGGAGCCCGAUGGUGGGGGCGCUGCGUCCCCCCAGCCCAGGGGCACAGCGGGGCCGGGGGAGCGGCGGGGUCCCUGCAGCCCCAGAUGGCUCCCGGGGAGCCCCCUCCGUGCCUUGUCCACCAACAACAGCAACAACACCCACGGGCAGGACCCCCCGGGGACGGGCAGGGGGGCACCGUCGCCCCCCACCAUCGCCCCCCGCGUCCCAGGAGGCUGCUCGCCCCCCCGGAGAGCAGCAGCAGCAGCGGCACCCGGCCGGGAACGCGGCACCAGGGUGUUUAGCUUGGUGCUGGGCCUUCCCUUUUUUGGGGGAAAAUCAGCUGCUAAACGCUGCCAGCCCGGUGGCUGCCUUUGGGGGUCACCAAACCUGAAGCCUGUGUCUUUCGAGCCCUUCGGGGAGGCCUGGAAGGUGUUAAACCCCUGCAGUUCUGGGGAAAAAGGGGGUAGGGAGCCCUUCAGGUUGCUUUGCUUGGUGAAACCAUCCCUUGCGCCUGCCGGGUUACUGCUGUGGGGAGGGGGCCUGCACCCCAAUUUCUCCUCGCUGCGGCUCUCAAGGCCGCAGGAUGCACCCCCAGCCUGGAGUCCUGUUCCCCACCUCGGGCACACGGUGGAUGACCCUCGUCCCUCCCCGCGCCGGGAGCCGGGGGGGCAGCCAGCGAGCCGCAAGGGCAGCAGCGCUUCGGCGUCGGGGUUGAAAAAGCUGCUGUGCAGCCUGAGCCAGAGCACCAAGCAGCGCCUGGGCCGCUUCCGCUGCUACAGCAUGGAGCAGCUCCCGGCCCCCGGCGGCCCCCCCCCCGACAGCCCCGGCAUGAAGAAGUCGCCCUCCCUGCAGUCCCUGAGGCUGGUGUCACCUUUCUGCCAGCCCCGAAAAGCCGCCUCCAUCCAGAGCCUGCACCCCCUCCUGGGCAAGGCACCCCGCGCCAGCGCCUAUCUCCUGCCCCAGCCCGCAGCCGACAGGAAGGGGGGCUCGGGGCCGCGGCGCUCGCUGAGCGUGGAGGAUAUCGGGGCGCCCGGGCGGCUGCGUGCGGUGGGGCGGGUGGUGGAGGUCUUCCCCGACGGCACCAGCCAGCUGGAGCUGCAGCGACCCCCCCACGGCGCCUUCGGGUUUUGUGUCACCUCUGGGCACGGCCGGCCUGACACAGGUGUCUACGUGCAGGAGAUGGCAGACGCCGGCACGGCCAAGCUCUACGCGGGGCUCCUGGGCGUGGGGGAUGAGAUCUUGCAGGUCAACGGGGUGGCCGUCUCGGGGUUGGGGCUGGCCCGAAUCCGCGAGCUGCUGCUCCGGGCGGACACCCUGUCCCUCCGGGUGCUCCGGCAGCGCCCGGCGCCCCAGUAGCCCCGAAACCCGGCGGGAGGAGGACGAUGUCCCGCCGACAGCCCGGGAUGCUGCAGGCCGGCACGGCACGGGGCGGAGCGAGCCGGGACCUGCCCUGCUCCGCUGCGAUGCUCGGGUCCCCGCUGCGGUGGGGACAGGCGGGUUUCCCGGCCCCCCCCCCCCCCCCCCCCAGUAUCUUCAGGAGCUGCUCCAAGUGUGGGGACAGCCCAGCCCUGCCACUGAGCUGGUUGGCACUGGGGGGUGGCCAGUGUGGGGACGCCCCAUCCCUGCACCCCCAAGAGUUGUGGGGUUCCUGGCCACGGCGGGAAACCUGUGCCUGGGGGCUGGUGGGCUUCUUUUAAAUUAUUUCAAAUGGGAAAAAAAAAAAAAAUAUAUAAAUCUAUGUAAUUGUGAAACAUGGUGCCCUUGGCUUGUGGGAGGCAUGGAAGGUGACACUUGGCCAGGGGGUCAGGACAUGCCCCAGCCCCGGGGUUGCGGGAACUGGGAGCGUGUGGGUACCUUCACGGGGGGCUGAGCCCCCCCCACCCGGGUCGGUAGAACCGCAGUGGGUGGCUUGUCCGGGGCACUGAACUCAUGUUGUGGCAGGGGGUGACAUCAGCUGAGGGCAGGAGCAUUUUGGGGCUUGAGGACCCAUUUGGGCUGCGAGGUGGGGAUAUGGGGA